AUGGAUGUCAGUCAAAGAUUCAACGAGGCCGAACGUUUAAAUGAACGAUACGUCAAGUUUCAACCAACAGAGCUCCAACGGAUCGCGGGCGAAGCAGUACAACAAGACUAUUGCCCUGAUAUUGCUAAGCUUGCGGAGGGGGGCUUCAACAAAAUUUUUAUUCUGCGGGUAAAAAAUGGUCGUGAAGUGAUUGCACGAAUUCCUACCCCCAUUGCCGGGCCGCCUCGUUACACAACAGCCAGUGAGGUAGCGACGAUGAACUUUCUGCGAGAUGUUCUCAAACUACCUGUACCGGAGGUCUUAGCAUACUCAACAACAUCGGACAACCCCAUUGGAGCAGAGUACAUUCUGAUGGAGCGAGUGUAUGGAGAAAGUCUUUCCUCGCGGUGGUUAUCCCUCACGACCGAUGAGGUGAAACACGUCAUGACACAAAUCGCAAGUAUAGAGAGGAAAAUUUUCGAUUUCCAGUUUCCCGCGUAUGGAAGCUUAUAUCACAAGAAGGACCUUGAAGAUGAAAGCCAGAUACAAAUCACGGAAGAUUUUGUUAUCGGCCGUGUGUCUGCCCGGCAGUUUUGGUAUAGCGAACGAAGCAGAACAGAGAUUGACCGUGGGCCUUUUGGCACCUCAUCUCAUCCCACCUGGUUCUUCCAGCGCUCCAACGUUAAGACACCCUGA